CGGGAGCAAUCGCCUCAUCCGUUCUCGCGAAAUACUUGCGUAGGAUGUUGUCAAAGUAACCCAAGUAACCUAAUCUAUCUUGAAAGUGGUAUCUUAGUCAAAUUGAGUUCCUUGUGCCAUAUGAGCACUAAAUCUGAAAAUGACGUAUGUUGCAAUGAUCGAGGGUUGGUUAUAAUUUUGCCUUGCUAAAUAAUUAUGAACCUAACACAAUUCAACAGCGAUUACAACUAAUUACAUCUGCUUUUAUUUAAAAAAUUAAAGUGACCCUUUCAACUAAUGAGCUCAAUACAACUUUUGGCUCUGUUAAGUUUUGUCCCGUCAUAUAAUUCCACUUCAUCAUUCUCUGAUUGAGUAAGAUACAAGAUAAUAUGUUUUGGUGUCUGCAUUGCCCUAUCGACGUCGUCCGCUAGAUACAAUUUGACAUAAUAUAAGUAGCGCAAAAUUUCUGAAACACAUAACCGAGUGAUGCUUCUUUUGACACAUGCAUGGAAAAUAUUCAUCGUUUUCCUUACAAAUUUGUGUUCGCUCUACAAUUCAUAUUGCGGAAAUAACACUUUUUAAUUUGAGGUCUGAAAUCCAUAGCUUUUUCGAUAAUUCAGCUAUUUGAAUUUUGAAAGCUAUUAUAAAUAAUUUGGUCAAGAGGUUAUAAUUGAUUUUCAAAACCAAUGUUAUGGUUCUCAGUGAUCUUUAAAUUACUAUGAAGAAACAUAACGAUUUUAGAAAAUCCCAUCAAGAUGAUACUGAUUAUUUUAGACACAAUCAUAAAAAGAAUAAGUCAGAGGAAAAAUCUCGUUAUACCGGUGAAAAAAAUUAUAGAAGUAAAUAUGACAAAAAAACUGAAUACUCUGAAGACAGGACAGAAAAUUAUGGAAAUCAUACUAGUCAUAAAUAUAAAAAUCACAGAGAUAAAAUGUAUUCUAAACAUGAAGCUGGAACUUCCAAGGAAGAUGACUACUUCUCAAAAAGAAGACCAAGAGAAUCACCAGAAGAUACUGAAUCAGAAUUUACUUACACCAUGUAUAAACAUGACUUGAAUAAAAUAUUCUCUUCAUACCCUUUAAUUCAAGAUACAAAUGAAUUUUGGCAAUUUGUGAAAAAAUAUGAAUUGAUUGAAAAGAAGAAAAAUGUCAGUCCAAACAAAACAACAAAAGUGGGUUUAAAUUCAAUUGGCAUUCCAGAAGAAUAUAAUAGAACACAUUGUUUGAAUUUUACUCUAAAUUAUAAAGAUGAUGAAUUGUUCAUUAAUGUACCAGAAUCCAGACAACUCACAACGGAAAAAUUAAAAAAAUUCAAAGAAAUUAUUAUUAUUUAUAUGGAUUUCAAACAAAAAGAAAAAUUUCAAAAAUUAAAGAAGUUAAGAAAUGAUCAAGCAAACUUGCCGGUUGCUCAGUAUAAAAAUGAAAUAGUAGAAGCUGUCAAAAAUGAAAGAGUUGUUAUUAUUGCUGGAGACACAGGUUGUGGAAAAUCUACUCAAGUUCCUCAAUAUUUAUAUCAAGCUAAUUUUGGAAAAAUUGCAUGUACUCAACCACGAAGAUUAGCUUGUAUAGCAUUGGCUAAGAGAGUCGCUUAUGAAAGUUUGAAUGAAAAUCGAAAUGAAGUUGGUUAUCAAAUAAGGUUUGAAAAACAGAGAAAUCAGGAUACAAAAAUAACAUUCAUUACAGAAGGUCUUCUAUUGAGACAGGUUUCUGGAGAAUCUGGAAUUUCACAAUAUGAUGUAGUUAUAUUAGAUGAAGUUCACGAAAGGCACUUACAUGGUGACUUUCUUCUUGGCAUUAUGAAAUGUAUACUCCACCAAAGAAGUGAUAUCAAGUUAGUUCUCAUGUCUGCUACAAUUAAUAUUGAAUUGUUUAGCAAUUAUUUUUCUCAAGAAGAUGUGAAAGUAUUACAGGUACCAGGAAGAUUAUUUCCAAUUCAAUUAAUUUAUAGACCAGUGAUGGUAGUAGAUAAAUAUUCCAAAACAGAGCGAUUCAAUCCUAGUCCUUACAUCCAAAUUAUGCAAAUCAUUGAUAAAACAUAUCCAUCUACUGAAAAAGGUGAUUUACUUAUUUUUUUGAGUGGAAUGAGUGAGAUUACAGCUGUUGUAGAUGCUGCAAAAGAAUAUUGUAAAAAAGAGAACAAUUGGAUUGUUUUACCCUUACAUAGUACUCUAUCAAUAGCUGAUCAAGAUAAGGUAUUUGGGUAUGCUCCAGAAGGAGUUCGAAAAUGUAUAGUUUCAACGAAUAUUGCAGAAACUUCCCUAACCAUUGAUGGAAUAAGAUUUGUAAUUGAUAGUGGUAAAGUCAAAGAAAUGAGUUACGAUCCUAAUUGCAAAAUGCAAAGAUUAAAAGAAUUUUGGAUAAGCAAAGCCAGUGCUGAUCAGAGAAAGGGUAGAUCUGGUAGAUGUGGUCCAGGUGUUUGUUAUAGAUUAUAUGCAGCUGAAGAUUACUCAUCAUUUGAAAAAUUCUCAACCCCAGAAUUGCAACGAGUACCAUUAGAUUCAUCUCUUUUGCAAAUGAUUGCGAUGGGUUUACCAGAUCCUCGUAAAUUUCCAUUUAUUGAACCUCCACCGGCUGAAAGUAUAGAAAACUCGAUUUUAUCACUUAAAGAACAUGGAGCUCUUACUGAAAACGAAAAAUUGACAAGUAUUGGAAAAACACUGGCCAGAUUACCAGUUGAUAUAACCAUUGGAAAAAUGCUUAUUAUGGGCUCUUUAUUUCAUCAGGUUGAACCUGUUCUUUCAUUGGCUGCAGCUUUAAGUGUUCAAACUCCAUUUACAAAUAAAGCUUACAGGGACAAAGAAUGCGAGACUUCAAGGAAAAAUUUAGAAUCUGAUCAUGGUGAUCCUAUAACUCUUUUGAAUGCUUAUAAAGAAUGGUUAGAGGUGAAGCAUGCCAAUAUUGGUGAAGUACGUUCUGGUAGUAGUUCUAGUAAGAAGUGGUGCAGAAGAAGAGGUCUAGAAGAGCAGCGAUUUUAUGAAAUGACAAAACUCAGAACUCAAUUCAAAGACUUAUUAGAAGAUUGUAAGUUACUCCAGUCAUCAGAUGUUAACUCUGAAAUGACUAGUUCAGAGCGAAUCAUGAGACAUGGGGAAUUAAAACUGUUAAGGUCUUUGAAAAGAACGUAUAAACAAAAUGAUUCUAGAAAACGUAAGCAAUUAAAAAUUGAUGAAGAUAGUAUUGAAAUAGAAGAUGAAAAAGAUGAUGGCAUUGAUAUUAAAGAUGUCGAAUUUCGAAUGAAAAAUGAUUAUUCAAAAGUAAGCAGUUUAGUUACUGCAUCAAGUGCUUGUAGCUACAAAGAUUUAAUGAUGUUGAAGUUAAUUUUGUGUAGUGGUUUGUAUCCACAGUUUGCAGUAGCAGAUGAGUUCAAUUAUUGCAAGUCCAUGAAUGAACAACUAUUUCAUACCAAAGUAAAACCAUUUGUGGCUCUUCAUCCUAUGAGUUUUUUUGGAAAUCAUCAUGAAGUUUUACAUCUUGCAGAGUCUGAUAUUUCAGAAAUUCUUGGGUUCAAGUCUAAGGCUCCAAUUAGUGCUAAACAUCAGUUGCUAACAUAUUUAUCAUUACUUGAAACUACUAAGCCAUACUUGGUGAAUACUCUUCGUAUACCAGCAGCACAAACUUUAUUACUUUUUUCUCAAGAAAUUGAUACUAAUUAUACUUUCACAACAAUUGUGUGUGAUUCAUGGUUAUCUCUCGAUUUUCCGGCUCCUGAUACUGGAGCUAUACUUUUACUCAAAGCAGCAAAUCUGCGACAACAGUGGGAUAACUUAUUAAACAUUAGAUUAGGAGAAAAAGUUAAGUUGGAAGAAGAAAAUAUUGAUGAACUCGAAUAUGAAUUAAGUAAAGGACUUGUCGAAUUUAUGCAUACAUCUGUUCCUUAUACAAUAAAACGACUUUUGGUAGCAGAUUUAAAAAGUAUAUAUGUUGGGUGUGGAGAAAAUGUCACAGUUAUUGAGCCUAAUCCAUUUUCUUUGGAUUUUGAAUGUGUGCCUCAUGAAAAAAAAGGUGGAAUUAGAGUAAACAAAAUUAUUACAUACAAUUGCUUGAUAGCAAGUGAUUGGAGUGAUAAGGUAGCUUGUGAAAUGAUGGAAGUGGAAUGGAAUUGUAAAACAUGUGAUUUUUGUGGUGUUCUUACUACCAUUGAAAAAUUACAACACAUAAGUAGGUGCAAUAGAAAUAGAAAGAUAGAUGAAGCUGAGAAAAAGUCUUAUAUGCCACCAGAAAAGAAAAAAAAUGAUAUUCCUUAUGAAUGUUCCAUUUGCCAGAAAGUUCUAUACUUAGCUCCAACUGAAAUUUUAAAGCACCAAAAACAGCAUUCGCAAUAAGUUAAAUUAUGUAAAAAAUAUAUUCUUGAUUCUCAAAAUUGUUUUUGUAAUAUAGAUGUGGU